AUGAGCGGUUUUGGGUUGAAUCCCGAAAUUGGACGCAGUGUAGCUGACGUCGUUGCUUGGGAAGAUUUUAUUAAGGAUAUGGAUUGUGUGGUCUAUUUGUCCCCAGUUGUUGGUACAAAAGGUGGUACACUAGAAAUUAUAGAUGUUCGAAAUGGUACUUGUAUGGAAGUAGUUGAAGCUCGUGGUGGCUCUGUUCAGCCUAUUGCUGCAACUGCUGAUGGAUUUGUCACCGGGAUUGCGGAUCAUGAUGUCAAGUUUUGGGAGUAUCAAACCACUCAAAAGCCUGGUCAAGAUUCUAAGCGUUUAGCAGUGUCUCCAGUGAGGAAUUUGAGAAUGAAUGAUGAUGUUUUAGUGGUAGCUGUCAGCCAGAAGGGAAAGUCAGAAUUUGGGAAGUGGAGGACCAAACUUUUCCAAGAUAUGAUGAGAUGGAGACUAUCUUUGGCAAUGAUGCUACCACCGGAGAUCGUGCAGUACUUGGAUUCGACCAUUUCUCCCCAAUGA